AUGUCUUCAUCCAUUUCAGCAGUUCAUCCUUCAUACUGGCGACAUUAUUCAUCUCUUUUUCUGCUAUUCGCAUCGCUUUCGGUGUGGUGUAUGAUUUUCUUCAACCAACCCCAUAAAGAGGAGAGAUUCCUUUUCCCAAUUUAUCCGUUAAUAGCUCUAUUCGCUGCGAUAUCUUUGGAUUCCGCUGAAAGAUUGGUAUCCCGCCUUUUUCCUUCAUUUUCCAUACUUUCCUGGGUGGUAGUACUGUGUUUCAUCCUCGCGUCAAUGUCGAGGACUUAUGCACUUCACAGAAACUUCAGCGCUCAUAUCGAGGUUUAUAAAAGUUUGAAUGAACACUUCAUGGACCAUCAACAAGAACUUGAUUUUUCGAAACGAGGGGAUCCAUUACGCGUGUGUGUAGGGAAGGAGUGGCACAGAUUUCCUUCAUCAUUUUUCCUCCCCGAAAUGGCCGUUGAUCAGCGCUCACGGAAACGCGGAGUACAUCUCCAUUUCUUGAAAAGCGAGUUCGCCGGCCUUCUUCCAAAGUAUUAUCCGCAAGGCCGACUGCCGUUCAUUACACGACGUACGUUUCCACUGGAUACUUGCGAUUACGUGGUUGAUCUAGAAACUCCUAAUCGUACUACUGCUAAUGAACCCAACUAUGGAGCUAUGACCGACGUUUUCCGACGUUUGUAUUCGCAUCCAUUUUUGAUAUCAUCGGAGUCUCAUUGGUUCUACCGUGCCUUCUAUAUUCCACGAAUUUCUUCUGAAAAAACAACAUUCGCAAAUUAUACUCUUUAUCAACGGAUUCCUCCUACUGUUAGAGCUUAA